AUGGCUUUUGACCGUUAUGCUGCUAUCUGUCAUCCUUUGCAGUACACAGUCAUCAUGAGAAAGGAAGUGUGUGUUGGCAUAGCCAUCGGAGUUUGGGUUGCUGGGAUGAUAAAUUCUGCUGUUCAUACUGGACUUAUGCUGAAGCUUUCUUUCUGCAACUCUAACAUAAUCAACCAUUUCUUCUGUGAUAUACCCCCAAUUUUAAGCCUUUCAUGCUCUGACACCAGCCUGAAUGAAACUAUGACUAUUGUGGCAGUUGUGAUCAUUGGGGUUAGUAGUUUUGGGUUGACACUAACAUCUUACUGCUUUAUCCUGAGAGCUAUCUUUAGAAUCCGUUCCACGGAAGGGAAGAAGAAAGCUUUCUCCACAUGUUCCUCACAUCUCACUGUAGUCUGUUUUUUCUUCUCUGCAGUCACUUACACAUAUAUCAGGCCCAGCUCAGACUACUCUCUAGACAAAGACAAAUUUGUUUCUCUACUUUAUUCAGUGAUAACCCCAGUUAUUAAUCCACUCAUAUAUUCUCUGAGAAACAGAGAAGUUAAAGAGGCACUCAAGACAAUUACUGGAAGAGGCAGGCUGCUCCGGAGACUUCAAGACUGAUCUGCAAAUAUCUUCUACAGCAAACUGUGACUACUGCUGUUAU